GAAAUUAGUUUCUUCAAAAACUUGAUAAUAGAACUCGUUUAUUGAAGCACAUUGUUGUGUUGAACUUGAAUUGAAGAAAUAGUAUCAUAGUGUUGAAGUAAAAAGUCUUGAACGUUUUCGAAAAAAUGUAAAUAAAUUUUCGAGACGUCACAACGCAUUCUUUACCCAGGUGUAACUCGAAACCUGCUAAACCGAUUUUCAAUCUAAAAAUUGCAUUAAAUUCCACUCAAAAAGUUUGAAGAGACCUCCAAUUUUUGACAAUAUGUGAAAUUUCAGUAAAUCAUAAAUUUAAAAACAGUAGAAUUUUCGUGACGUCACAACGCUUAAAAAUAGAUACCUUUAUCAACGAUUCUAGAGCGUAAACUUGCAGUAACUGUAAUUAAUCUUAUAUCAUGCUUAAAAGAUGGCUUUUCUACCAUCAUUUUGCAGUAAUUUUUUUUGACAUAGCUGAAUUUUUGACAAAGUUAUGUUAUAAGUAAAGAAUAUUUGCAAAAAUCAAUUUAAUUUCAUACUAAAAUUUUUAAAUUUCAACGUUAACACACUCAAUUCUAAAAAAAGGUAGCUGAAAAUCUUUUAAUGGAAAAUGACACUCAAGAAAUAACCUUUCUAACGCUAUCAAAAGUAAAAGAAAACAUGUUAUGAAAUUUUUUAUAAAGAUGAAUCUGAAGAAUGACUGUGUUAAAGGGUAAAUCUGGAGUCGAGUAAUGAUUUUUACAUGAACAUAGGGUUUAGAUUUUUUUUUUAAAGAAAAUUGUUAAAUCGCAAUCUAACAUCAUUGAGAACACAUUUUUCAAAUGCUCGAUUUUUUUUACAAAGAUAUUGAAUUUAAUAGAACAUCUUAUUUACAGCUUCCACAGAUUGAAUCGUUCUAUCAUUUUUUUAUAAUAAUGUUCCCUAUUCCCCCUUUCGCUGCACUCCAUCAAAUCCAUAUUCGACCGUUUUUCGAAUUCAAUACGUGUUUUCCAUCUGUGGAUUCAUCGAUAAUUGGAUUUAUUUAUGCCCGCCGCUACCUGCCCUAAGUUAUCAUUUUCGGUAUCUCUAGAACUCAGUUAGUUGAAAAUCACAAUCUGAAAAAAAAGUACGCAUAUAUAAUCGAAUCACAGUUUUCGAAUUAUUUAUUGACAUUUUGUUCUGUUUUCUUUUUUCUCUUUCUCUUCUCUGCGCUGCUUUGUGCAUUCUGGAUUCUGUGUUUCGUUCGACCUAACAAAUAAACAAAAACUAACGACCAAACUUAACAAUACGAAACAAUAAUAACAAACACAAACACUCGCAAACGAACAACAUCUCACUAACACACAUGUGACACCGUGUGUACUUUAAAAUUCCUUGAUUGUGUCCCUUGCGUGUCUUUGUGAUCGUUCCUCAUCACUUCCACACCUCAUCAAACAAUAACAAACAUUCAAAUUAUCACAAUCAAUCGUUUGAAUGUGUGUGUGUCGUUUCGACCAUUUUUCGUUGCUGUGGCAUGCUGCUGCCGUUUUAAAUGUCAUUUCGGACAACAUCGGGUAACAUCCAAACACAUCCAUCCGACAAAACGAAUCGAAACAAUUGAAAAACGAAAACAAACAAUCUACCAACAACUCGAAACCAUCAAACGAAACGAAUUCAGCACACAAACAGCAACAGCAACAGACACAGGAAACGCGGAAAAAAGGGAAACUGAAAGAUAUAUUUUCAUCAGAUUUCAUGGUCAGAGGAUGCCGCCCAGGAAAAGCAGUACCAAUGACGGAGGAAGAGAUCCGGGGGCUGUGUUUGAAAUCGCGCGAAAUCUUCCUGCAGCAGCCGAUCCUGUUGGAGCUGGAGGCGCCACUUAAGAUUUGCGGUGACAUCCACGGCCAGUACACAGACCUGCUGCGGCUGUUCGAGUACGGCGGAUUCCCACCGGAGGCCAACUACCUGUUCCUCGGCGAUUACGUGGAUCGGGGCAAGCAAUCGCUCGAAACCAUCUGUCUGCUGUUGGCCUACAAAAUCAAAUACCCAGAGAACUUUUUCCUGCUGCGGGGCAAUCACGAAUGUGCCAGUAUUAAUAGGAUAUACGGAUUUUAUGACGAGUGCAAGCGAAGGUACAAUGUCAAGCUGUGGAAAACCUUUACCGACUGCUUCAACUGCUUACCAAUUGCGGCCAUCAUCGACGAGAAGAUCUUCUGCUGUCACGGCGGACUGAGUCCGGAUUUGAACCAUAUGGAGCAGAUCAGAAGAAUCAUGAGGCCAACCGAUGUUCCAGACACCGGACUGCUGUGCGAUCUGCUGUGGAGUGAUCCAGACAAGGAUGUUAAGGGUUGGGGUGAGAACGAUCGCGGCGUCAGCUUUACCUUCGGCGUCGAUGUGGUGUCCAAGUUUCUCAGCGUGCACGAUAUGGAUCUGAUCUGCCGGGCACAUCAGGUCGUCGAAGAUGGGUACGAAUUCUUUGCCAAGCGCUCGCUUGUGACGCUCUUUUCGGCGCCCAAUUACUGCGGGGAGUUUGAUAAUGCCGGUGGAAUGAUGUCUGUGGAUGAGCAUCUGAUGUGCUCGUUUCAGAUUCUGAAACCAUCGGAGAAGAAAGCCAAGUACCAGUACAGCGGCACGAACAAUCAGCGACCGCAGACCCCGCAGCGGAACUCGACCGGCGGGAUGCCCCCGAACAAACGGAAAUAAUAAUUUCUCUCUCUUCUGAAUCGCUAUCUGACCCGACGGCGUGGCGGCGGAAGCAGCAGGAAACAGCAAAAGUCAUCAUCAUCAUCAGCAGCGGAAACAUCAUCUGAUAACGGUAGCAACAGCAACAACAAUGGUUCGAUACCACCCGCAGCAUC